AUGGCCGAUUCUCCGGCCAACGCCCCAGAGGUGAAGGAUAGUGAGCAUACUUCAGAACGAUUCUAUACGAAACGGCCUCAGCCUCUACCGAUAACCCAAACUCCGAAACUGUCCUCCCCCUUUCCAUCGCCCACUGGAAGCAAGCACGCUACUGAGGAGCAGGCGAGCAAUGGCGGACAUAUACGCGAUGAAGAAAACUCGUACAACAGUAAGGGGAAACUUCGUGCCGGGUUUAUCAGCGGGACGUCCGAGUCAUGGGAUACAGAGAACCACGCUACGUUAAGCGUUCGACGACCGAAUGAGUCGGUAGAGAGCACCAACAGACAAAGUCUUAAUCAGCAGAAAACACCAAAUUCAGUCCCGGCUUCCAUUGCAUCACCUCCUCGUGCAAGCGUGCAAUUUUCCAGACAGGGUUCUGAGAUAGAACCUCCUGUCGAGACUUCUCAGUCCCGCCCCCCCUCCGUCGCAGGCGACGACAACGAUCCAGCGAGAAGGCAGUCGCUCUUCACAAAGUUGAAAGCACUUGCAACUGCUCCUCCCUUUUCAUCCCACACUCGCUCAGUCAGUAAUGCAACUAUUCCAGACGCCAGGUUUGCCAGCAAUGGUCCGUCCACCCCGGCCUCCGAGAGGGGAGAAUUUAGGUUCCCGAACACACUUGAAGAGGAAGGAAGUGAUAUAGAUGCGGAUGCAGAGGAGAGUGCGGGUGAACAGCGUCCUCGUGAGCCCCGGAAAAAACGACGAUUCCGCCGAGGACAAGAAAAUGAUUCCGCCCCGCAAACGGAGCCGAAUACACCAAAAACGAGCUGCCCGUCAUUCCAUUUGUAUGGCUCGUUUGCUCCGUUUGACAAUUACCGGCCUAGUUUUCUCCAGCGGAGAGAAAGCGCGAAUGAUAUACAUCAACAGCGCGAGGGCGUGUCGGAAGACGAGGGCCGUGAUCGCCUAAGCAGGGAUGCUGCAUGGCGACGGCGAAGCGCCUGGCUCAUUAAUUCACGUGGUCUGACUUACGGUGGUCGACAGUCAGAUAACCAAGCAAACCAAGAAGACAAACGACCCAGCAACCUCCGCCGCUUAACUGGUAUAGGGGGACCCUCAGAGGGCGGGGAAGGGCUGCCUGCGCCCUGGAGGCGUCACCGGGCUGAUCGUGGCUCUAGUCUGAGCGCCCAAAAAUGGAAACAAAUCAAGGCUGGGUUGAAGCUCAUCGGACAGCGACGCAAACCCGACAGCACCGUUGACCAUGCCAAAUCCGCGGAAUUACUGGCAGAACUGGCGUCCGGUAUUCCAGCGGCCUUACUUCUAGCUAGCAUGUUUCAAAGGGACGAGCAUGGAAGCAAGCGGAUUCCUAUCCUUCUUGAGCAACUCAAGGUUCGAGUUACGGACAGCAAAAUGGACUCACACUCCGGAGAUCGUCAUCUCGUCUUUCGCAUCGAGCUAGAGUAUGGAAGUGGCAUGACCCGGAUGAAAUGGAUUAUACAUAGAACGUUACGUGACUUCGCCAAUCUCCAUCUGAAAUACAAACUUCAUUUUGGAACACAGAAGUACAUCCAAUUGCGGACCCCUGAGAGCGGUCAAAAUCUUCCGCGCUUUCCCAGGAGUGCGUUCCCAUAUUUGCGAGGUGUUCGUGGAUUGGAGAGCGAGGGAGAAGACGAGGAGGAUGAGGCUGGGUAUGAAACAGCAGCCGAUGCGACUAGUGGCAAUGAAAGGGCUGGGAGAAGGCAGCUACCAGCUUAUGGGCGGCGGCGGUCUUCUGUCGGUAUCACUCGAAGAUUGUCCAGUUUGACGGGUGCCGAGGGAGAGACCGGUGCAGGGACUGCUGGGGAGGGCGGUCCGCCCACCAAGAGGGAUACCUACCCGGAGAGGCAGCGGAAGAAGUUGGAAGCAUACCUCCAGAAAUUGAUUCGAUUCUUGAUCUUCAAGCCUGAUAGUAACCGUUUGUGCAAGUUCCUGGAGCUCUCUGCGCUAGGCGUCCGCCUUGCAGCUGAGGGCAGCUAUCACGGCAAAGAAGGGUACUUGAUGAUUCAAUCUUCAAAAGGACUUGACUUUCGAAGAGCCUUUAACCCCGGGAUGAUGAAACGACGACAUUCGCCCAAAUGGUUCCUUGUCAGACACAGCUAUGUUGUCUGCGUCGACUCACCCGAAGAGAUGAAUAUUUACGAUGUGUUCUUGGUUGAUCCAUUCUUCAAACUUCAAACUCAAAAGGUCAGCUUGCGGCAUCAGAAAGCGAAGGAACUCGCGAAGUCUGCUACAGAAUCAGCGCGGCAUCCACAGCACCAUACGCUAAGACUUGAGAAUUCUGAGCGGAAACUUAGGCUGCUGGCUAGAAAUGAGCGUCAGCUUCACCAAUUUGAAGAUUCUAUUCGAUUUAUGGUUAGCAAUACCCCGUGGUCAAAACCAAACCGUUUCGAUAGCUUCGCUCCAGUCCGCCAGCACUGUUUCGCUCAGUGGUUAGUGGAUGGACGUGAUCAUAUGUGGGUCGUAUCCAGAGCGAUAAACCAGGCCAAGGAUGUGAUAUAUAUACAUGACUGGUGGCUGAGCCCUGAGUUGUAUAUGCGGCGACCAGCGGCGAUCAGCCAGAAAUGGCGACUUGAUCGUCUUCUUCAGCGCAAGGCCCGUGAGGGUGUGAAGGUUUUCGUCAUCAUGUACCGCAACAUCAACUCAGCCAUUCCAAUAGACUCGGAAUAUUCCAAGUUCUCUCUGCUUGACUUGCACCCAAACAUAUUCGUUCAACGAUCUCCUAAUCAAUUUCGACAAAAUACAUUCUUCUGGGCACACCACGAGAAACUCUGCAUCAUUGACCAUACCUUGGCUUUCGUUGGUGGGAUUGAUUUGUGCUUCGGGCGAUGGGACACACCGCAGCAUCUUCUGACUGACGACAAACCAACCGGAUUCGAAACUCCCGGCGGCCCAAAAGAUACAGAUAACUGCCAACUCUGGCCAGGGAAGGACUAUUCCAAUCCGCGAAUACAAGACUUCUACGACUUGGAUAAGCCAUACGAGGAGAUGUACGACCGCAAUGUUGUCCCAAGGAUGCCUUGGCAUGAUAUCUCCAUGCAUGUAGUUGGCCAACCAGCUAGAGAUCUUACUCGUCAUUUUGUCCAGCGCUGGAAUUAUAUCCUGCGACAACGGAAGCCGACACGCCCGACGCCUUUCCUACUACCGCCACCGGAUUUUGAGCCAGCGGAUUUAGAAGCUCUCGGUCUCGAUGGAACAUGUGAGGUCCAGAUAUUGCGCUCGAGCAGUGUAUGGUCUACUGGCACGCCAGAGGUCACUGAACACAGUAUUAUGAACGCAUAUGUAAAGCUGAUCGAAGAGUCUGAACACUUUGUUUACAUUGAGAACCAGUUUUUUGUCAGCACUUGCGAGAUCGAUGGUCGAAAAAUUGAGAACUUGAUUGGCGACGCAUUAGUGGAGCGGAUAACCAGAGCAGCAAAGAACAAGGAGGCAUGGCGUGCUGUCAUUAUUAUUCCGCUAAUACCGGGGUUUCAGAACACCGUCGAUAGCGAAGGUGGAACGAGUGUUCGCCUAAUCAUGAUGUGCCAAUACCGCAGUAUUUGCCGCGGUGAGACGUCAAUAUUUGGGCGGUUGCGGGCCCUGGGUAUUGAUCCCGAGGAUUACAUUCAAUUCUUCAGUCUUCGGUCCUGGGGUAAGAUCGGUCCUCAGAAACAGCUUGUUACUGAGCAACUCUACAUUCACGCAAAAUGUAUGAUCGUGGAUGACCGGGCAGCAAUAAUUGGAUCAGCCAAUAUCAAUGAGAGAUCUAUGCUAGGGUCGCGAGACUCAGAGGUCGCAUCAGUAGUGCGCGAUACGGAUAUGAUCUGGUCUACCAUGAAUGGCCGGCCUUACCUCGUCGGAAGAUUCCCACACACGCUUCGCAUGCGCCUGAUGAGGGAGCACCUUGGAAUUGAUGUCGACGAAUUAAUGGAGCACUCUUUAGCUACAGAGGAAGAACUGCGAAAGAUUCAGAUCGACGAAGAGGAAGCCAAGCCGUCUCGAACCGCUCAUGUCGACUCUGAGUCCUUAAUGCUAGAGAAACAAGAUGAAAGGGAAAUGAUUGAACGUCGUCAUCGCAUACAGGAUGAGUUCUUAUCACGGUCCGAAGACCUACACAGUUUCAAUCACGACGUCGAUUGGGAACAGGGCAACAAUCCAAACCUCAAAUCCAAUAGAAAACUCACUGCUGAUGCAAGAGUAACCUCCAACCAGGAACAUAAAAAGGAUGUGGACGGGUUCGGUGCCGACAAUUUCCAAGUUGCCGAGCAGCAUGGGUUAGGUAAUUCUCGUGAUUCGGAAAUUCUUGAUAACAGAUGCGAAGUGCUCGUUUCCCCUGUUGCUAGCGAGGGCAAGGGCACAGUCUUGCAGCCGAAAGCAGCCUCAAGGAAGAACUCACAGCCAAAUACUAGCUUGGACAGUCAAGAGCCCAAGACCACAUCUUCUGCUCUAACCUCUGAAGAUGGAGAAGCCUCCCAGCUUGUGGAAGGAAUGCCGAUAGCCCAUAACCCAUCCCUAGCUCUUUCACAAGACGGCAGCUUACUCUCAGCUAUCACUAGAGACAAAAUAGACGCUCCCACGCUCGCGAUCCCUGGUGGGCAGGAGUUGAAACACAUUUUUGUCGACAAAGAUUGCAUGAGGGAUCCUGUCGUGGACGUAUUCUACCUGGACACUUGGCUUGCUGUGGCCGAAAAGAAUACAAAGAUUUUCCGGAAUGUCUUUCGCUGCAUGCCUGACAGCGAAGUCCGAUCCUGGAAAGAGUACAAAGAGUACACUGCUUACGCAGAGCGGUUUUCCGAGAUGCAGAGCCAUCACACCGCGAAGGCGUUCGACCCACCUCAUCAACGACAGACAGGUCCUCCCGGCGCAGGCACUACAUGGGCCACGCAGCUCAAACCCAACAUCUCACUGCCUCUGCACCGUUCAGGAAGUCAUUGUAGCGAACGGAAAAAUCAGACGCCAAUAGACGAAAAGUCCGAACGACCAAAUUCGAACGGAAGACCACAGUCUGGGCAGGCCAACCAGGAAACAUCCCAAGAACUCAGUUUGCCGGCGAACGAGAAGUCUUCUCUGAAACCGACCGACAUACCUGGAACUGGUUAUGAGCGCCAUUCGCGAUACGAGGAUGCCGUCUCUUCUGGGGAUGACCCCGAUAAGCAGCGUUCAGAAGCACCUCAAGUCGACUACUCUGAAGCUUUGAACCGGAACGCGACUAACCGCUCACGGCACCGCAGACGUAGAGCCACAACAUUGGGCUCAAAACGUGAUUUUACAACUGACGAGGUUAUGGACAAGCAGACAGCUGAGGACCUCCUCAACCAGGUCCAAGGCCACCUCAUCCUCUGGCCUUAUGAUUGGUACGUGGUCUAUCAUCAUUGUUCUAUUCAGAAGUGUACUUACGGAGAAUAUAGGCUCGAGAAGGAAGAACAGGGUGGAAACUGGCUUUACACCCUUGACCAAAUUUCUCCUCUGGAAAUAUAG